AUGUUAGGAACUCUUAUUCCUCUUCCUUCCUCUCUCUAUAUCAUUCCUUCCUUUUCACACAGCUUCUUUUCCAAUGCGUCAUUAUUUUCUUUCUUUUCCUGCAAUUCUCUUAGAACACGUUACAUAAGUAUUUUCUUUCUCUUUCUUUUUUUCCCCUUUUUCCUUCUUCCUUACUGCAACAGUGAGCCUAAAUACAUAGAGAUUGACGUACUUCCUGUCAAUAAGUACCAAGGGCAAACAAGAUGGCUGACAAGACAGCAGAUUAUAAGACAGAAAGAAAUUACUCUCUCUCUCUCUCUCUCUCUCUCUCUCUCUCUUUCAACAGCUUCCUUUGUUGUUGCUCUCAGCAAUACUUCCCCUUGCAAUAACCCGACGACCUCUGUGCGUUGUUUUGUUCCUCCAUUUGUAAAAGUUUUUUCGGUUAGGUUAUUCGUUGUUUACACAACGGGAAUAUACUCAAACAAGCACCAUUUAAUCUAUCUAUCUAUCUAUCUAUCUAUCUAUCUAUCUAUCUAUCUAUCUAUCGCAGUAUGUUGCUAUCACAGUCUGUUCCUUUCUAUCUAUCUAUCUAUCUAUCUAUCUGAGUAUGUUGCUAUCUAUCACAGUCUGUUCCUAUCUAUCUAUCUAUCUAUCUAUCUAUCUAUCUAUCUAUCACAGUAUGUUCAUAUCAAUCUAUCACAGUAUGUUGCUAUCUAUCAUACUAUGUUCAAAUCUAUCUAUCUAUCUAUCUAUCUAUCUAUCUAUCUAUCUAUCUAUCUAUCUAUCUAUCACAGUAUAUUCAUAGCUAACUAG